AUGAGCGACUCGGCAUCAUGGAUUUCUACAGAACCGUCAACCCGCGUUAAGCAAGAACGGGAACUGGAGAGUCUGGCAGUCAGCCAUACUCUCCAGUCCCGUCUUUCUUAUGGAUCUGAUACCAAAGAUCCGCUUGCAAAGCAGCUAGAGGAGGAAGGCACUUUUGCAAGACUGGUACCACAGAAUAAAUAUUCCCGGGAAGCGUUUCGCAGGCUGGUUGAGCUCAGCAGAGAUGAUGAUCCGGCCACUAAACAUCAUAAGCAAUUCCUUCAUGUCGAUAGACGUAAGAAUAUCGACCCUUUGGAGAGUGAAGACUGUUUUAUCUUCUCGCUUGGCUUGCUUCCCGAGUUCCCUCAAAUCGGCUGGAGAAUCGGAAAAGGUAGAAUGGGCCGUCCUAACAUGACUGUGGACAUUCGCAUUCACGAGGGAGAAGGAAUGGCUGGAGUGCACGCCCUUUUCUCUUGGGUAAAGGGUGGAGGUGGCUUCUUCCUCAUCGCGAAUAAUGAGCGUCAAGUUCCAGUUAUCCUCAAUGGCGAAUUACUGCGACAGUCGCAGCGACUGAUUCCAUAUCGGAAUUCUAUCACCCUAGGAGAAUGUAAUUUCAGUCUCCAAUUCCAGGAACGCUCACCAGAUCAAGAAGCGCAGUUCCAAGUUGAGCUCUCUCAAUACUAUCUCAAAGUGCUAAACGAGAAUGCACCAUUGCUAUUGCCAACUCCUUCAGGCCACGAGGUUACUAUCGGAAAUUGGAUCGUGAGAAAUCCGAUAGCCAGUGGUAGUUAUGGUCGAGUGUCUGUAGUCUCUCACAGAACCACUGGGAAACCUGCUGCUGCAAAAGAGCUGUGGAGAACGCGUCGUAACUAUCACUCCGUGGAUCGUGAAGUUGCAAUAGCGAAGCAUCUCCAGAAAUACCCUCAUCCGCGACUUGGUAUACCAUUUGAGUUCUACCACAAGCAGAUAGUAGACAAAUCAGAAAUGAUUCGAUACGCAAAACUGCUCGACGAGAAUUGGACUCCUGGACUUUCCGACACGAUUGAUCUGCACAUAUUAUACAGUCCUCUAUCCACAAGCAACUUCACAGCUCUGAUCAAAUCCAAAGCGUCGUUGGAUACUCGAACCCAUCUUUUUGCUCAAGUCUUGGACGGUCUUGCAUUCCUCCACAGUCUUAACAUCUCACAUCGGGACAUCAAACCAGGGAAUCUCACCGUCAGAUCCUACGACCCGCCAGAUGCACAAAUCAUAGAUUUCGGCUGUGCGACCAAAGAGCGCAAAACAUUCUACGACAAACCAGGAACGAUCCCGUACCUCGCGCCUGAGCAAAGAGAAGGUCAAUACCACGAAAAAAGCGUCGAUUACUGGGCAAGCGCCUUAGUCGGCUUAGAGCUGGUCAAUCUUAGAUCUGUUCCAGCACGGGUGACUGAAGACAAUUAUCGCGAAUUGAUGAACUCGCUUGCCCGAAGAGUGGCUCAUCCUCUUGUUAGUGCGUGCAAAGAUAUGCUCAAGAUAGAGCCGGCUCAGAGGAUGACUGCGGCGGAGGCUCUGGACAAACAUUUGUCGGCGUAUCAAACGGAUCCGAUUAAGGGACGAAAGAGAGUCGGUGAUCAGGUUACUAAUUCUUCAUCUAAGGAGAUUCGCACGACAUGA